AUGCCCUCUGGCAUCGGUGGUGGCGUCCUCUUCGUUCCAGUACUCCGCCUAAUUGGUGGCUUGCAACUGAAGGAGUCAACAGCACUGAGCCAGGCAUUAAUUGCCUCAGCAUCAUUGGCUGCUACUCUCUUCAAUUGCUUUGAGCAGUACUCCGCUAGGAAUGAUCCUAAAGCCCUCAUCGUGUGGCCCUUUGUUAUCCUCACUCUGCCCUGCACUGUCAUCGGUUCCCUCAUAGGCGUUUACCUCUACUCCUGGCUCCCAUCACUAUUCAUCCUUAUUCUGUAUUUCUGUUUCGUCUGUCUGGGAAGCUUCAUGGCCUACCGGAAAGGAAUCAGGCUGUGGAAAGCUGAGAAUGGGGCUAAGCGGAGAGCCGUUGAUGGAGAUUCUACCGACAUGAGUCGAUCAUCGGAGGUUACUGUAGAGGUCCCGUCUCUUCUGAGAAUGCCGAACAUGAAGAAGCUUGCUGCCUACACGAGUAUCGCUGCUCUGGUAUGGGCAGUGUACGGGCACUUUCCUGGCAUCGACCACGAUGCUCGGGUGGCGACCACGUGCGGGUAUGGGUACGCUGUGGACUUCUGGACGUUGGGUAUCCUUUUGAUAGAGAUGCUUACUGGCAAGCCGCCGUUCGGGUACAGGGAUGGUGAUAUCGGCGACCUCUUCGAUCUCUCAAGAGGCAGUCCAAGUACAAUACACUGGGCUUCUGGCUUCCAUCCAUCACGUGAGCUGAUCGACUUGGUGGAUAAACUGUUACAGCCAGAUCCAUCACAGCGGCUCACUGACUGGGACGCGACACUGAGCCAUCCUUAUUUCACCGGCAUAACCGACGAUAUGCCCCCACCUGAAUGGGACCACGACUUGGGAGCUGAUCUGUGGGAUACAGACGUCAGCGAUGAGUCCUUCACGAGCAGCUCGGUAGAUGUUUUCCGCGACUUCUGA